GAAUAUAUUCGCGAAGUACAACGACGUCGACGGACGUCGAUACGCAAAUUUAGUUUAGUUCUUGUUGUGACGGCUUCGCGUCCGAAUGCGCGGCAUUUUUACGUUCUGUUUCAUCGCGUUGUGUUUUACCGGUUUUGUGAUAAACUUUAAUUUAUGUUGUUAUAGCCCAGCUCGGAGAGGUAAGUAAGUAGAGAAGUGGUUGUGGGUGUUCUUAUCGAAACGGCCUAUAAAAAGUGUCUCGUAAAAAUCUCUUUUAAUUUUUUUAAUCUAAGAAAGUGUUUGAAAUUGAUUAAAAUGUGUUUAGUUGCAAAUUGAGUGACGUUAAAAAAUUUUCUUUGAACCUCCCUCGAUGAUUUUAAAAUCAAAGAGAUCGGAGGCCAAUGGGGACGAAGACUCCAGAUGACAUAAAAUUGGAAGCCGAAACUCCGCGGAAUCAAAGCAAGGACGAAGAACAGUGGGAACAGCUUUUGGGGAAUAAUGGUAACAAAUCGCAACCGGCGAUUUUAUCCUCGCGCCUCCAAGUCCCCGUUUCCGAUACGAGAAGAAGUUCCAGCCACAGCUUACUCAGCUCCAUCCAGAAAAGCUUUAAAAUCACCCUCGGGGGAAGAACAGGCGGUAAAGAUGAUUCUCCAGGACACGUUUUUAGCAGAUAUCGCCAAUCAAGAUUUAACGCACGAAGAAUUCGAAAACGAGUCGUUUUCAAACACGGCGAUUGCAACGUAGUGCAAGGAAACGUCGCAAAACGUCGUCGAAAAUAUCUCCAAGACAUCUUCACAACGUUAGUGGACGCCCAAUGGCGUUGGACACUCUUAGUUUUCGCGAUGAACUUUUUAAUGUCGUGGUUAUUAUUCGCCACUUUUUGGUUUUUAAUAUCCUUAGUUCACGGAGAUUUAAUCCCCGAGAAUAUGGCCAACGAAACCUGGACGCCCUGCAUCAGCAACAUAAAAGGAUUCACUUCGUGCUUUUUAUUUAGCGUCGAAACCCAACACACAAUCGGUUACGGCGGCCGAACGACCACCGAAGAAUGCCCGGAAGCGAUUUUAGUGAUGUGCGUCCAAAGCAUAAGCGGCGUUAUGAUCCAAGCCUUUAUGGUCGGGGUCGUUUUCGCGAAAUUAUCGCGCCCGAAAAAAAGGACUCAAACGUUGUUGUUUUCGAGGAACGCGGUUAUUUGCCACCGGGAUGGGGUUCCUUGCUUAAUGUUUCGAGUCGGGGAUAUGAGAAAAAGCCAUAUUAUCGAAGCUCACGUCCGCGCGCAAUUAAUCAAGCACAAAGUGACGAAGGAAGGCGAGAAUUUGCCGUUCUUUCAAACUGAAUUGAAAGUUGGCGGAGAUGGGGAGGAGGAUAAAAUUUUUUUUAUUUGGCCCACCACUAUCGUUCAUAAAAUUGAUAAGCAUUCACCGUUGUAUUAUAUGUCAGCCACGGAUUUAUUGAGGGAGCGAUUUGAAAUUGUUGUUAUUUUAGAAGGGGUAAUCGAAUCAACCGGAAUGACAACUCAAGCAAGAUCGAGUUACUUACCGUCGGAGAUUUUAUGGGGCCACCGCUUUCAAAGUCUCAUAACCUUCAAAAAAGAAACCGGGGAAUACGAAGUGGAUUACGCCCUAUUCAACAACACAGUAGAGGUUGACACAGCCUUGUGUAGCGCUAAAAAAUUAGACGAAUUCAGAGCGGCGAUUAGCCAAGAAGUGAUCGGAAAAAAAGAUUUGGAUAGAGUAACCCCGGAAAUUAUUCCUAGAAUAAGAUCGCCCUCGAGCGAUACGCUUUGCAGCAUGGAUUCGUUAUCGGAUGAGCAUAUCGAAAUAGAAAUUAUUAAAAAUCCAGUUCCUAAAGACGAAGAUGACAAAAAUGGGGGAAAUGUUAGAAAUGGGUUUGUAAGAAAUCUUAAUUCGGGUCCAAUUGCCGUUUAAUGGGUCCAAUUUUUAAUGCGAGAACAAACGUGCCUAUUUAACUUUAAUUUAAUUGAAUUAAUUAGUUUUAAAAACUUUUCCAUUAGAAAAAAGAAAUAAAAUUAAGUAUUAGUAUUUUGUAGAAAUAGUAUUUUUUGUACAUAGUUUUUAGCUUGAUUGUAAAUAUUUUGUAAAAAAAAAUAAUGUGCCUUUUUUAGCUCGAAUUUGAAACGAAUUAAUUUAUUCCUUUACAAAAAUAUAUACCUAAUAACCUUUAAA